GAUCUACUUACAGCUUCAGGUUGAUCAAACUUUGCUUGUCUAAACUGCUCAGGGGUGAUCCUGGUUAUUGAAGAAUGUGAAUUCAGAAUAUGACAAAGUGCUGCAAUUACAUCCUUUGCUUGAUUCUUCCUCCCUUGGGCUUGUUUGGAAGAUGCCAUCAUCUAAUAUCAGUUAUUAUUUAUAUUCAAUGUACGGGAUCUAGCCACACCAGGCGUUUAGACAAAUCAUCCAGAUCCUCGGUACUGUCUUAGUGUCUCUGCAGCUGCAAUCGCUAUCACUCAGCGGAUCACCGCGCCGGUGGCUUGGGCGGUGAAAAUAUGAAUGUCCCGUUGAAUUGAGCUAGCUGCUUUGGACGUUAACGCGCGACCAGGGUAAAGAAAUUAGUCUAGUUCAAAUCUUUAUGAAUAAAAUAUAAGGGACGGUAAAUAGUUCAAUCGGAUUCAUCGAAAAUUCAAUCCUACAUUUGCAUAUUUUUUUCGAUCUUAAAAAAUCUAAACAUGAGAAUUUACCUUAAAUGUUAUUAAAUUGGAUGGCAUUCUAAGAAGAGGAAUAACAAUUAAUACAUUGAGUCUAAAAAGCGGCUAAACCGCGGGAACUUGUGAAAUUGAAAACCUUAAUCAAACUCGAGCUCGAAAGGCUAUAAGUAUUAGACUUUGCUUGCGCCUUGCUGAUAUUGCCGUGCAUGUUACGGGGUAAUUUACUCUUUUGAAUGUGUUUGACUUAGAUAUGGCGGACAAAGUAAAGACGAGUAUUUCUGCAGCAUUCAAGAUGAAUGGUCUUGCACUGAGAAGCAAUGCACUGAAAUACCUUGUAGCAGCUCUCACACCAGUCACAGAAACAGAGAGAAAUCAGUGGGUGGAGAAAAUCAUUGAAGCAGUACAGAAACAGCCUUUAUCUUCUGCUUUACUGGAUAAGGCUAUAAUAGAGGCUGCCAUUGAAGAAUGCAGCGAUGGAGGGAAGGAAGAAAAUGAGAAAAUGUUUAAUGUCAUCGACUCUUUCACAGUACCGAGAUACACUUACAAUGCAGACAGAAAGAAAUUCCUUGUGAGCAAUGAUGCUCCAAAUCUCCAUGCUUCAGCAAAGUACAAGGCAGAUCUGUUCCGUGAGAGGUAUAACAUCUUGCUUCAGAGGACAUCCAGACAUAGUUUAUUCUCUCCCCCUGUCCAGGGUGCUUCCAGUGAAACACAAGGAAAGAAGUUUCAGUUAAAACCAGUUGAAUUUCUCUUAGGAAGCACAGCCAAGUUAGGAGAACUGAUUGUCUUGGGUAUGCUAACACAGCUCAAAGAGGGCAAAUUUUAUUUAGAGGAUCCUACCGGUGCUGUUAAACUCGAUCUAGCCAAAGCACAGUUUCAUACAGGUUUAUUUACAGAGAACUGUUUUGUGUUAGCAGAAGGGUGGUAUGAGGAUGAAGUCUUCCAUGUCAAUGGCUUUGGAUUUCCUCCAGCUGAACCAGCAGAUACAACAAGGUCCUACUUUGGAAAUCUGAAUUUCUUUGGAGGACCCUCUGCAACUUGUGCCAAGUCUUCUACCAAACUCAAGCUGCGUGAGCAGGAGAACGAGGAUGCCAUGAUGGUCUUUCUCUCUGAUGUCUGGCUUGAUAAGGUGGAUGUCCAAGACAAGCUCCGGAUCCUUCUCACCGGUUACUCUGAAAUGCCUCCCAUGUGCUUUGUCUUCUGUGGAAACUUCACCUCAACACCUUAUGGCCCCAGUCACAACAAGAUCCUCAAAGAAUCAUUCCAGAACCUUGCUAACAUGAUCUGUGAGUUCAGUUCCUUGGUAGAGCAGAGUAGAUUCAUCUUUGUUCCUGGCCCAGAAGACCCAGGUCCAGGAAAUGUCCUACCAAGACCUCCAAUUCCAGAGUGCCUCACAGAAGUAAUUACAAGUAAAGUUCCUACUGCAGUUUUCACUACAAACCCUUGCAGAGUACAGUAUUGUACACAAGAGAUGAUCAUCUUCAAAGAAGACAUUGUCAUGAAGAUGUGUAGGAACUGCAUCCGUUUCCCUGACAACAAUGAUGAGAUUCCUGAUCAUUUUGUAAAAACCAUUGUAUCACAGGGUCACCUGUGCCCCCUGCCCCUCCACGUCUGUCCUGUGUACUGGGCCUAUGACAAUGCCCUACGGAUCUACCCCCUGCCUGAUGUUAUUGUCUUAGGGGACAAGUAUGACCCUUUCACUAUCACGAGUGUCGGGACAACAUGCACAAACACGGGAUCAUUUUCAAAGAGUGGGUACUGUUUCAAAGUCUACUAUCCCCACUCAAAGGAAAUAGAAGACAGCAAAAUUGAUGAAAUGCCCGCCUGAAGUCCUCUCUGAAAGAUGCCCAUAUCUAUGUAUGAUGGAAAGAACUAUGUUUCAUUGACUCAUCAGAAUUCCUUGGUACCCAUGAACGUACCCUUUAUUUAGAUUUCAUAAGAUAAUGAAGAUAAUUGGCCUGAAUUUGUGAGAAUGGAUUUAAUAUAUUUUCUUUUAAGACAUGCUUUCACAGCAAAGCAAAAAAGAUUUGCAUAAAGAUGGAAAUACUUCAGAAAAAAAAAUCAUAUUUCACAUUAGUUUCACAUAGAUUCCUAAGUGUCCAUUUGAGUUUAUAAAGCAUCAUAAAUUGUUCAGAGGAGUCAACGGAAGUUUGAAUCAAGAAUCCAGCUUCCUACAUUAACAAAUUUAAAAAAUAAAUUGUCAACCACAUGUCUAUUGGAGGAAAAUAGCAACACGUAAAACAGAAAAUCGUAACCAAUAGCAAGUUAAUGCAGACCAACAAAUCUAUCAUAAAUCUAAUUCCAAAUUUUUUUUUUUUAAGACCUGAGGGAGUACAUUUUUGUUUUACUUAUUUCAUUCAAAUAGCUAAUUUGUGAUAGAUUUGAACAAUAUAUUUAGAAAAUAGUAUCACAUUUCACCCUUUCGUUUUCUUUCUUUUCCCCCGUUUCUUGGUGGUAUAACUAUUUGGGUGCCACAAUGCCCCCUCCCAUCUAUACACCAGUGCCUUGUGCUUAUUAUAGAAAGAGUUACAUAAGCAUAACUAUUAAAUACUGAACAAGACCCAAUUUUCAACCAAUCAGAAGCUACCAUUUAAGUAAUUUGUUUACUUUAUGGUAAGCGGUCCUAAAGCUACGCACCACUCAUCGCACAUAUAUGCAAUUUCAAUGGCAAAAUGUGCACACUGUGUGUGGAACUGACUGCAGAGUGACAGACGAUUCCUAUUGAAUUUUUCUACAGAGGCUGCAAUAAAUCACUAAAUGCAGAGAAAAAUAGCAACUGUUUGUAAUUUUGGAGUUAUAUUCACUUUCAUUAAUAUUUUCCUUUAAUAAUAUGAACAUAUUUUAGAAAUUGAGGCACAGGAAAUACUAUUUCUUUUCUUGAUAAAUAGAGUGUGUUGCUAUAGGACCCCUUUCUAGAUCAAAAUCAAGAGGUGUUCGGAAAACACGGCGGGAUUUUCGUAUUAGUGAAUUUUGUGAUAUUUUCUUCUUGGUCGAGGAUCUUUAGAAUAUUUACCACAAAUUGGGGAAAGAUAGUUUGUUCCAAUAUUAAACUUAGCAUAAUUUUUAUCGCUUGUAAACAAAGUGCGUAGCGUUAGGUCCCCCAUCAUAAAUAUGUUUUUUGUAAUAACUGUUUCUGCAAAGGGCCCAAAACAUGUGGUUCUUCAGAUAGAUGUGAUACUGUAGUGAAAACUGAUACGUCAAGUUGAAAAUUUGCAGUAUAUUUUUGUAAUUUAUAGUAAGCAAGAUCGUUAUACCACUUCAGUUAAAUGCUAGUCCAUGCAGAUUAGAUUUUGGUGGCUUUGCAAUAAAUUUCAAAUCAUAUUAUAUAUUGAUUGUCUUACUUCUGAAGGUAUGAAUUGAUUUGAUUUGCCAAUAGUUAAAAAAAAAUGAUUGAUACUUGCAAUUGACUGUGACUGAUUAUCUUGUCACACUCCUUAAUAGUCAAAGCUAUUUAUAAAGUAAAGUCCCAAAAGAUUUGACAUAUGAAAGAUUUUUCACAUUUGCAAACAUUUCGUUUCUUAUUGUAUGGGUAUCUUUGGGAAUCAGUUGAUGACUUCAUCAAUUACCGGUAAUGCCAUACUAGUGUCACUCAGCUUGCAUAUUGCUGAUAACUCUGUGACCUAUUAGUAAUACUAUAAAGUCGAUUUUUUUAAGUUCAACCUCCAUUUUUCGACUUUUAUACUAUUCUUCAUUAAGAGCAUUGAGAGCAUUACAACUUCAUGUGCACUAAAAAGCAGACAAGUAUUAGAAAGGUACCACUUUUUGGAGGUCAGACAUAAUAAUUUUUUAAAAUAGAAAUUGCCCCUAUGGUAGUCUCUAGAAUGUAACACUAUUUGCAUCUUUUUGUCACAUUCAGAUGCAUAUAAUUAAACCUCAAGAUACUUAUAUUUUUUAAUGCAAUCCAAAUAUCUUUAAAAAAACUUAUAUUCCCCCAAUUAUUCCUAAAAUGUGGAGAGAAAAAAUGAGGAAACGACCAUGUGGGUUAACUUUUAAUUGAUGACAGUUAAAUAAGAUGAAAAGUUCAUUCUUUUAUGAUUAAUGAUCAUGUACAUAUAAGUAUUGUGUAAAUAGUGUAGAUAACUUUUUAUAAACUAUUUGUCAUAGGUGCAUUAAUAUUAAACUAAGAUGAGUAUAAUUACAA